AUGACCAAGAAAAAUGUCAACACCUAUGAGGAGGCUCGCAAGAAACGAGUCGAAGACAAUAAAAAGCGCUUCGAGGAUUUUGGGAUUUUGAAGAUUUCAAAGAGCCUAUCCAAUCUCAAAAGUUCUGAGAAGAAGUCUGUGCAACGUCUUUCAAAACCUAAACAGAGUACCUACGCAAUAGAGCCAAGACGUUCUUCUCGUGCACGCAAUCCAGUUCCUUCAUAUCGUGAUGAUGUUGAUAUAGAGCUUCCAACUUGGCGAAAGAGAUCAAAGACGACGUGGGCAAGCUAUCUUGCAAGACCAUUGGAUGAGGUUAAAACUGCUACAUACGAAGAAAGGGCUGAAGCUUUUAAGCGUGCAGAGAAGCUCCAAAGCAAUCUACAAUCUGGAAAUCCAUCUUUUGUCAAAUCCAUGGUCCGCUCUCAUGUUUACAGUUGUUUUUGGUUGGGACUUCCUGCAAAAUUCUGUGAGGAUCAUCUUCCCAAAAGUGUAGUAGAUGUAGUACUAGAAGAUGAAAAUGGCACUGCGUAUGACGCCAUCUACAUUGGCAAGAGAGCUGGGCUAAGUGGUGGGUGGAGAGGAUUUGCUCUAGAUCAUAAGUUGGACGAUGGUGAUGCUUUGGUCUUUGAAUUGAUUAAACCAACCGGAUUUAAGGUAACUUUCCUUCUUGGUGGUCAUCUUUUACAUGUCUACAUUAUUAGAGCAUCCAGUUGCAGGAACCAAGAAGACGAAAUGACAACCAAAGAUGAAGAAGACAGCAAAGAAAAGAAUAGAUUGCAUCUGGAGGAGAAGCCGGGUAAGAAGAAUAAGACUAAACCAAAACAUUCAGCCAAGGCAAAGAAAGAU